AUGGAUGACACGGAGGACUACUACUAUAACCUCUACGAGGAUGAAACAGGUAGAAAUCUUGGUGACAUAUACCUCCUUCGUAGAUCCCCAGGUCUCCGCACUGGGAAUCGGAGGUGGGGCGACAAUGGCUAUGUCCGAGCAGGACGGCAAGAAGCAAGGCCCAUCGUUCGUUCCACCUCUGCUGGCUCGUCCCAACAAAACAAGCAAACCACUUCUAAGGAAGUUGUCGGCCGCCGUGCCAAGAGGGCUCUAAAGCGUGAAGCCAUCGACAAGGCAGCAGUGGUGAAGCAUCUUGCGAGGUUUUUCCGGAAGUAG